AUGGCUGAGGAACUAUCCAAGAACUUCGAGACGCUGCAAUUGCACGCUGGCCACGAGCCAGACUCAGUGACAAACUCUCGUGCCGUACCCAUUUACGCGACUAGUUCUUACACGUUCAAUGACAGUGCUCAUGGCGCAAGGCUCUUCGGACUAAAGGAGUUCGGCAACAUCUACAGCCGCAUAAUGAACCCCACCGUCGAUGUCCUCGAGAAACGUGUCGCCGCACUAGAAGGCGGUGUUGCAGCACUGGGAACAGCGUCUGGCCAGUCCGCCCAAUUCAUCGCCAUAGCUGCUCUGGCGCACGCUGGAGACAACAUCAUUGCAACCUCAAACUUAUACGGAGGCACAUACAACCAGCUCAAGGUCUUCUUCCCGCGCCUGGGAGUGCAGACCAAGUUCGUCAACGGUGACAAACCGGACGACUUCAAGGCUGCGAUUGACGAGAAGACCAAGGCGAUCUAUCUUGAGAGUAUCGGAAACCCGAGGUACAACGUUCCCGACUUUGAGAAGAUCGUAGCGAUUGCGCAUGAGGCUGGCAUUCCAGUUAUUGUUGACAACACGUUUGGUGCUGGAGGAUACUUCUGCAGGCCUAUAGACUUUGGCGCUGAUAUUGUCGUGCACUCUGCGACAAAGUGGAUCGGAGGCCACGGAACCACGAUUGGUGGUAUCGUCGUCGACAGCGGAAAGUUCGACUGGGGCAAGCACGGCAAGCGCUUCCCGCAGAUGGUCGAGCCAUCAGACGGCUACCACGGGCUCAAGUUCUGGGAGACUUUUGGAGCCAUUACAUUCAUCAUGCGAGCGCGCGUUGAGAUCCUGCGAGACCUAGGCGCAGCGCUGAACCCCUUCGCCGCCCAACAACUCAUCCUUGGUGUCGAAACUCUUUCUCUACGAUGCGAGCGACACGCAUCCAAUGCACUCAAGCUGGCGAAGUGGCUCGAGAGCAACAAAAACGUGAGCUGGGUAUCGUAUCCAGGUCUCGAGAGCCAUCAAUCACACGAGCUAGCGAAGAAGUACCUGCCGCGUGGGUUCGGAGGCGUGUUAUCAUUUGGCGUAACAGGAGGUGGUGCAGCAGGCAGCCAGGUCGUAGACAACUUCAAGCUCAUCUCCAACGUAGCGAACGUUGGCGAUUCCAAGACGCUGGCUAUCCAUCCUUGGACGACGACGCACGAGCAGCUGAGUGACGAGGAGAAGAUCAACUCAGGUGUUACUGAGGACCUCAUUCGCAUCUCGGUUGGCACAGAACACAUCGACGACAUCAUUGCCGACUUUGAGCAGUCUUUCAAAAAGUCGGCAACGGCGCCAGCUGAGAAGGGUCAACCUGAGAAUGCAACAAAAACAGGCGGCGGUGAGCCCUCUGCGUCCCUGUCGGGAGCUACAUAG